AUGCUGCGGGAGGACACGGCCCGCCAACGUGCUUUUGUCAAAUCCAGGGCUGAUGCCCAGCUUGAGCUUGAAAAACGCUGCCCCAGCCAAGAGGAGGCGCAAGUCGCUGGCCCGGUGAUUUGGCGCGUUGGGACCAAGCACAUAGCGCGAGCACUUCGUCCCUGGACCCUCAAAUGCGCUUCUUCCAGUGACCACGGUGGCCUUCCGGGCCGCUCCACUUCGGACGUGUUGUUCCAGCUCCAGGCUGCCAUAAAGCGAGGGGUGAACACUGCUGCUUUGAUGGACGUUGCCGGGUACUUUGAUUCCCUUAACGUGCCGGCCAUGCGACAGGUCUUCGUUAGGUUAGGCGCACCACCUCAACUGCUGCCACUUCUCGAGUCGUUUUAUUCCGAUGCCAGGCGGUAUUUUAAUUUCGAAGGCUCGUAUGACCCAGGCGUUCAUGUGGUUCGUUCGGGCUUUGGGCAAGGCUGCCCCCUUUCGCCUUUAGCGGCGGCAGCCUUAUCCCACUGGUGGAGUGAGUAUGUCAAAGCAUCUUCUGCUAAUAUUGGUGCUCAAAUUUUCAUGGACGACCGCACCCUCUGGGUUGAACCCCAGGGCUCUCUUCAGGACCUUGAUGCCGCUUUACAUGCAAGUGCAGACUUUGACCAGGCUUUCUCGUUGCAGCUCGCGGAGGACAAAUGUUUUGUUGCUGCCAAGCACCACACGGAAGCCACCCGCCUCCUCGCUGCCAAGUGGAACUUCCUGACCUGCGGGUCCCUUGAGCUUUUGGGUGUGUCCUUUAACUUUGAGGGAGCAGGGGCUAUCCCGAAAUUUUCGCUUCGAAAAGCGGUUCUCCGGUUGAGAUUGCUUCGGUGGACACAAGCCGCAACCACUUCUCGAAUCAUGCUCGUGCGGUCGCUCGUCAUGCCUUGUUUGGCAUGGGCGGCAGGUUUCGCAAGACCGAGUGAAAAUGAUGUCAAAGCUGUGCAGCAUGAAGUUCGCUUCCUGUUUAAUUCUGGGUACGGUGGUGAUGUGGCCACGGUUGCUUUCUAUGAGCUGUUAGGUUGGGGCUUAGAACCGUCUUUCGCCCUCGAUAUGGGCCUGUGCCGACUGUUCUGGCGAUGGGUCUCCAAGCCGCCCGUUUGGCAGGAAGAAGUCCCGAUAGGACACUGUCCAGGGAGUGGCCUCGAGGCUCCCAAGCACAGGGGCGAGGAGCGGUUACUGGCCAAACACCUUGCCGAGCCUCCGCUCCCACCGCCUGCUGUUGAUGCGGACGGCCUGGUAGAUGAAACGGCAGACGCCAUUCUGGCUGAGAUGUUGGGGGCCACGUCCAUUGCGAUUGCGACCGAUGGUUCCUCGAAGGACGGAGUGGCGGCCCACGCUGUCGUUGUCAACACUGCCAAGGCGGCCGAACAGCUCCACAACCACCUCGAAUGCCUUCCCCGCGUUUGUGCUGCCACUGCCAGCGACGCCAGCCCUCCCCCAGGGACUGGUGUUUAG